AUGUCAUUUUGUUUUGUCAACGUCAACGUCAGUCUCUCAGUCAGUUGUUGAAAAGUGGUGUCGUUUGUGCAGUAGUGAUUCAAAAUUAUUUUACAGUAUUUUAAAAGAAAUGUCGAACGAAAACGCUUUGGACUUACACCAUGUUCACCAGUGCUUCCAAAGAAGCCUGAAAGAAGAAGAUGACGUUGUCAUUGAAGCGUACAUAGAAGGUUACAACGAAUUAGUCAAGUUUCUCAACUUAAUAGGAUCAGUAUUCUCAUUUGUAAGUAGUGAUGUGAAGAGUAAAAUCAAAGUAAUGGAGAAGCAUAGAGAAGGAGAGGAUGCAGUACACUAUGACUCAUUUAAGAAGAUGAUGAAGUAUGAAAAAGAGACAAACUUGUAUGACAAGAACGGAUUUGUCUCUGGCUCAAGGACUAUGCUGCGAUUGCAUCGAGGAUUAGACUUCAUACGUUUGUUCCUGAAGCGUCUGAGUGAGGCGGACGAGAACAUGAACACGUGUACCACGUGCCAGGGCUCCUACAACGAGACUCUGGCCAACUUCCAUCCCUGGUACAUUAGGAAGGCAGCCACUUUAGCCAUGCACGCAUUACCUUCGAGACCGGAUCUGUUGAAAAAGAUCUUCGGUACGGACGAAAGUUUGACAGCAGCGCUAGCAGUGUUGCCCCAAACACUGAGUUCUUGCGACGAAGUAUACAGACGCGUAGAACAACUAUACACAAACUUUGACUUCCACGAACUUCCUUAAAUAGUGUAAGGUUUUCUCUUUAAGUAGAAAAAUUGUUAAAACUUAUCCGAUGACAUUUCAUCGUUGCUUUGUACCUCUGGUUAGAUCUUAGAGGUUGAAAUGCUCACAUUUUUAGUACAGGCUAUCGUUUUUGCGAUCUGUAGGUGGCGCUGGUGUCGAGUAACGGGUAUGUCAGUGUAAAAUUGAUAAUACAUAUUAACUAAAUGAGAUUGAUCAAAUAGGCUAUUGGUCUAUACUAUAGUAUUUUUAUCCUCCAGCGCCCCCUAUCGUUUUAUUGCAAUAGCCUUCAUUAUGUCAAAGUGCGCAUACGCUCUUAAUAUAUUACUUCACUUUGUCUCUGAUAAGAUGUACCAUACAUCCAAUUAUAAAAGCUCAAUCAAUCAACUUAGUUUUAGAUAACGUUGAGCCAUAAGUGGAGGUCUGUAAUAAGGGAAAAUCAUUGGUCACCAAUGAAGAUAAGGUCUAUAUUUGUAUAACGUAAGUAUAAUUUUUAAGCUGCACUACGGGGCUUUACAGUUUUUGAAUGAUUUACUACCUGGAAAGCUAUCGGACAUCAAGAUAAUCAAGUAUUAUUGCGUCAGCGUGUACAACUAAACACGCUUUUGAUGUUCUUACAUUUGUUUGAUCAAUAUCAUGAUUAAUAAACUCAUAUUUCAUCAAUUACUGAACAAAAACGAAAUUAUAAUAACUAUCGUGAGACAUACUAAAUUAGUUAUAAAUCGCGGGUUAUUCACGUAAAAAUA